AUGAGCGAAUCACGGACUGAACUACUCGCGUGGCUGAACGACUUGUUACAAAUCAGCUAUACAAAAGUCGAGCAAUGUGGAACGGGUGCUGCCUACUGCCAAAUCAUUGAUUCCGUAUACGGCGAUGUACAGAUGAACAAAGUCAAGUUCGUAGCAAAACAUGAAUAUGAAUACGUUGCUAACUACAAAGUGUUGCAGUCGGCCUUUGACAAACACAAAGUUGACAAAACUAUUCCAGUCGAACGUCUCGUCAAAUGUAAAUUUCAAGAUAAUCUUGAAUUUUUGCAAUGGAUGAAAAGGUAUUGGGAUACUUAUUAUCCUGGUGGACCAUAUGACGCUGCUGCAAGACGUAACACUACUGCUGGACCGAUGAAAACAGUUUCCGGUGGUGGCGUCGCUCGAACAAUGCAAAAAAGGACAACGCCCACUUCUUCAGUCGGCCGUGUUCCAACUUCAGGCCUACAUGACAGUGGCCAAUUGAAUGAAUUAAGUAAGGAAAAUCUAGAACUUAAACAAACCAUAGAUGGCCUCGAAAAAGAACGUGACUUUUAUUUCGGUAAACUUCGUGAUAUCGAAAUCAUGGUUCAACAGCGAAUUGAUAUUGAACCCGACAAUCAAUUAUUGAAGGAUAUUCAAGCUAUUCUUUAUAGUACAGAGGAUGGUUUUGAAGUCCCUCCUGAACAAGAAGCAGGAUACGAUGACGAAACCUUUUAA